AAAUUCGUUUUCUAGCCAACCAAAUGACAGUUGGCACUUGAGCAGCAAAAAGGACCACAGGGAAGAAACAAGAAAAACCAAAAUCGAAAAAUCUCAAAUGAAGAAAAGUGUUUUCAAGUAUCCAAUAGAUUUGUUAUGUUCUACUAAAAAUGGAUAAAAUUACAGUCGUAGCCUUGGAGGAUUUACCAAAAAUUUCACGCGCCACCUCAGUAAGUUGCUGUUUAGCUUUAUCAAUACUUUACGUAGCAAGUCUAUAUGUUUGGAAAGAUAGUCAACAAAGAAAUCAUCCAUCUACUGUGAAAAAACGUUUCUGCAGUGUUUCAAUUGUGAUGCUUAUAGCUCCAAUAUUUGUUUAUAAUUUCUCCUCCAAAGAACUACUUAAACAUUGUUCACUUUUUGAAAUACUUGGUCUUCGGUGGAAAGGACUUGUGGCUGCAUUUGUUAUUCCCUCAUUACUCACAGCUCUCCUUUUCUUGGGACCACUUAGUGUCCAAUUAUACAAUGGACAUUUGCAAUUAUACUCACGUUUGCAAUAUUGGAAUUGUUGUAUCAAUAACGUACAUUGGCUGCGAAAUCAUGUCGUUGCUCCAUUGUCUGAAGAAUUCACAUUUCGAGCCUGCAUGAUGCCCUUGAUAUUACAAUCAUUUACACCCGUCAAAUCUGUGUUCAUAACACCGUUGUUCUUUGGAGUUGCACAUUUUCAUCAUAUCUCAGAAAGACUCCGAUCGGGUCUUGAUAUAAAGACAGCUGUGAUAGUUUCUUGUUUUCAGCUAACAUAUACAACACUUUUUGGAUUUUAUUCAGCAUAUUUAUUUGCUAAAACAGGUCAUUUUAUUGCUCCUGUAAUCGCACAUGCAAUUUGCAAUCAUAUGGGAUUUCCAGAAUUUCAAGAACUAUUCCAACAGAAUACUUCGAGAAAGAUUAUCUUUUGUAUCAUUUAUGUUUUAGGUUUAAUUGGUUGGAUAGUGCUGUUACCUGUUGUCACCAAUCCAAGUUGGUAUGGAAAUACUCUAUUUUGGAGAGCUGCCAUCUAAUUCUCACAACAGUACCGGAUUGUCUUCCAUAGAAAUUUAAGCGAAAAAACGAAAAAAUUAUGUAUUUUAUAAUGACUCAUCUAACAAUGUAGCUAUCGAACUUAUUUUUUAUACUUAAAACAAAUAUAUCGUGUUAAUUCUGUUCUUGUUCACAAA